AUGCCUCGCGCGCGUAACGUUGUUCAAAACAUCACCUUCAACCCCCAUUACUCGACUGAAGACCGGACCAAAGAUGAGUACGUCAACAUGAAACCAAUCCCAAGGGCAAGCCAUACUAACAUAGCAUACGAAGGAUAUGUGGACGAUACUAGAUGGCAUCACCACCAUUACGAAGAUCCUUCUACUUUGACUAACAAAGACGUGCUCGCAAUUUCUUCCCAUCGCAGAAGGAAUAACGASCUUUACGAGCCUACAGGUCCAUUGCACUCCAGAAAACUGUUCCUGGGGUCGUUAGAUUCUUCGAAUGAUAGUCGCCCGGUAAAGAAUGGUAAAGAUUCCUGUUUGAGUAAUUUGGUGCUGUUCUUGAUUCUCGUCGUAUCUGUCACUGCUCUUGUACUCGUGGUGCUGCUGAUCAUGGGGUUUAUUGGGUCUACAUUUUCAUGUAUGGGACAAG